GAAAAAGGGAGGAUAAUUAUUUUUCACAGUUGUCUUGUUGUUGUUUUUACAUUCAGGUACUAGAUGUCGGCUCGGGUUCCUAAGCCAUCUUCUAAAAGUAGUAGAUUUAUGCCCAACUCAAGCGGUCGGACUGCCUCUAAGAAACCCGGGUCUAUUCUUCCUUCAAGGAAUGCACACACCACUGCUCAAGGAAAUGAUCGGAAGCCACUUUUUAGCAUAUCCGAAGAACAUAAACUCGAACUAAGGAAGGCCUUCGACAUGUUCGACACACAAGGCAUAGGCCGCAUCCAGGCGCGCGAAGUCAAAGUCGCCUUCUAUGCCCUAGGUUAUGACGUCACGGACGGGGAGCUGAGGCAGCUCUUGCAGGACGUCCAUGCGAACCUCUCAGAUGGUGAUGGUAUGGUCGACUUCAACGAGUUUUUUAGCGUUUUGACUCGAAAAAUGACUUCAAAAGAAUCUAGAAUUGAGCCCGUGCGUGCUUUUAAACAGAUCGAUGAGGAUGACAAGGGGUAUAUAUCACUGGAUGAUUUGCGUAAAAUUGCCCAAUCACAGCAUCUCGAUCUCACCGAUGAUGAGCUGAUGGAAAUGAUUCUAUUCUCACAUACUGUGCCAUCUGGGAUGCAACAUUCGGCAACUAUGGGUGGUAGCAGCCGCACGAGUUCUGCAGGAUUCGAUAUGAGAGAAAUGUCUGUAGUCACCGAGGAUGAAUUUAUAAAGCUGAUGCAGCAAGCAGAGGCAUAUUUGUCCUAGUCAUGUGGUGCAUGGUUACAUCUUUAGUGAAAAUAUACUCGUUUUUUGAGCUUUAGAUUGUCACCCUUUUUCAAUGUAAAGUAUCCCGUUUCUCAUAUAUAUUUGUGAAUUAUUCUAUUAGGAUCGAGAGAGAUUUACACAUUUUUUUCUGCGAUU